AUGCCGGAAGAUCUCCAGGCACUCCAUCACCAGCACGAACAGGAGCGCCACAUCCUUGAACAGGAGCAACGGCAAGAACAGGAACGACUUCUCCAACACCAUCAACAGACCUUCCAGGAGCAAGAGCAAAAGUACAUUCGACUGCAGAAUGAGUACCUCCAAGACCCGACCCCUCACCGUGCUCACGAGAUAUUGAUGCUUGAGCAAGAGGGGAAGCAUUCUCAGGAACUGUUUGCUCAGCAACAACAGCAUGUUUUGGAACGUCAACAGCAUGAUCAACUUCGGAUGCAGGAACGACAGUGGGCGCAGGAACAAAUCGCCAUGCAGCAGAUCCAGGCACAACACUUACUCCAGCAACAACAGCAACACCAACACCUUCAGCAACAACAGCAACAACAGCAACAACAGCAGCAACACCAACAACACCAACAACACCAACAACACCAACAACACCACUACCAGGAACAGCAACACCACCAACAUCAGGAAGUUCAGCAACCAGCUUUCCAGCAACACCAACACCACCACCAAUUGCACCAUCAUGAUCAGCAACAAUACCACCAGCAACAACAACACCAACAGCAACAGCAAUAUAUCCAUCAAACACAGCAGCAUGCAAAAGAAUCUGGUUCUGAUUCAGAAGCUAUGGACGUCGACGACGAAGUCGGUCUGCACUCGAUCGCGUCGACGAUCACCAACCUCCGUCAACACAUCAAGCCAGGACACACCAGCCCUUCCUCGGUGGGCCCAUGGGCCGAGGGUGCAGUAACUCAACGUCGGGCCGACGAUAACGAUCCGGACGCAACCGUGAUAUUGGAUACCAACAUCCUGAUCUCACAUCUCAACUUUUUCCAAUCCUUGGUCAAGUCGUAUGGUCCCACUACCAACAAGUCUAACAGCAGCAGGAGCAGCCGGCGCGGAUCGAUGAAUGGUCUUGAGAGAUCUGAGGAUGUCGUUUUUGUGGUUCCUUGGAUCGUGAUACAAGAACUGGAUGGGUUGAAGGGAGGUGGACGGCAGGGAAGCGAGGUUGACGUCUCGGGCAAGGCUCGUUUGGCAAUCGAGUUUUUGAGGGCAGAGUUGAGUAAGCAAUCGUCUACGUCGAGACUGCGAGGACAGAAAAUGAGCGAGCUCGUCGCUAAGGCUGAGGCGAACGACGACAAGAUUUUGGAUUGCUGUCAGUACUUCAGGAUCCUCUACCCGGACCCGACAAAGACCAGAAUCAUCCUGUUCACUAACGACAAGAAUCUAAGCGUCAAAGCCAUGGUCCAUGAAGUCGAGGUGAUUUCGAGAUUCACCGUCCAGUUAGAACUCUCGUCUGUGCGCAGCUCUAUUUCACGGUCAUCAAAGGGCGACACUAGCAACGACAUGACCUCCCCCGGACACAGUGCUCACAGCGGCGGCAACGGCGGCGACGACGAUCUAAUGAUAGACGAUGAUCUAAUGAUAGACGACGAUGCCGUAUCGAAACCCUCAAAAAGUAAGAGCCCCGAACCGCGACCCAAAAGCGGAUCUCGCAAGAACAGCAGCAAGUCACUCAGCAAGUUCCGGGCAGAGCACAACGAUCGUGAACUGCAGCGGAUAAAGUCUUCCAUCGACCAAACAAUUGUCAUCCCUGACGGCAUGGACCCAAAUCUCUUCUGGUUGACAAACCAUGUCCUCAAGAACUUGCGCAGGUUCUUGGAAGUCGUCGUGCCUGACCAUCUUCAAGCUCGCUACGGGUCCAAAUGGAAGGAUAUCACCAACUUUGACAAGGCCAAUGGUGGCCGCGUCAAGGAGGAGGAAAUGAAGUGGGACAGCAAACGGCUUGCACUACCGCUCAAGGUUUUACAAGAGCAUUGGGUUGUCUUUGCGGAUACUUACGAACGACCCAGUCAGGCUCGUAAGGCCCGAGAGAGUGUGGAUCGAUUGCAGUCGUUUGCCAAGUCUUGGACACGAGUAGAGGUUUUCGGAUUGGGUAAGGUCUACAAGAAGGAUAUGAGGGUCUUGUUGGAGGAUGUCGAUGUAGUCCUAUCGGGGAUUACUACCCUUCCUGACUCGGUUGAUUUGGGUUCGCUACCAGACACGGCGUCGUUCUAUGAUGCCAAGGAGAGGAUUACGUUGAUGAAGGACUGGCGAGCGGAAUACGAACGAUUGGAUGACUAG